AAACUUGAAAAAUUCUCAACCUCAAUUGUGUGAAUAUAACACUAUGAAGAUCAAUUAGAUCUCAUAGUAAUAGGCUGCAUGGACAUUACCUUGUGUAUGCUACAAUUUAGAUAUAAGGAACACACAUUGAAGGUAAUCGUUUGUCGGGAUUGACAAAGCGUAGACCUUAUAGUAAAAGAGGAUAGUCUGCAAAUGUGCAGUAGAUCACAACUCAUUACCUUGUGAUUCCAAAUAAGGUGAGGGAGAAAUAUUAAAAAAGUUGCAAGUUUGAUAUGCUAGAGAAGGUCUCAAUCGCAAAAACAUGUUCAAUAAAUAUGAGAUGUGGUAAACACAUAGAACAUGUCAUUUUUCCCGAAUGAAAUUCGGUACUUUAUUUAUAUUAUCAAGCCAUUACAUAAUAUAAACACACCAAUAAUUACACAAAUUCUAAACUAGAGUAAAUCUAGAACUGGACUAAAUGUAAAUAGUAGUACUAAAACAGUACUAAAUAUAGUCUAAAACUACACCAUGUAGAAUAAUUAGUACUAGACUAAUAAAAACAGAGAAAAGAAUGAAGUCCACGGCCAACAGGAGGACCCGCAGGCGCCUGGGCCUGGGCCUGCACGGCCUUUGGCCGGCCCAACUGUCGCCGCACCGCAUAAGGCAGAGGGGGGAGAGGGCGGUUACGGAUAGGGGUCGGAUAAUCCGACGCCCGCACCACCACUCGAUCCCCUCCUCUGACACGGCGCUACCAGCGGGGGGAGCGGCCGCCGCCGCAUCCCAUUGGUCUCUAGUGGUCACCGGCUCGUCGCCGCCGAGCCCUCCUCAUCCGAAGAGGAGACGGCGAUGGUGGAGGCCUGGCGCAGCGAAGUGGUGGCGAAGCCGAGGUUCGCCGGAGCCCAUGAGCCUGGGCGGCGAAUGGGGAGGCUGUCGAGAGCCGCGACAGCGUGUCCAAAGAGGCUGCCAAAGCGCUGCUCCGCGUGGAUGCCCGGGCCCGUAGUAGCCUCCAGUGGUGGUGGGGAGUUGACGUCGGCACCUUCCAUCCCUACUCCGAGGCGGAUGACGCUGGUGGGCGCUGACACGAAGCCAAGUGUGGCCUCUUCGUCCACAAUGGCGUGCAUCGGGACGGGCGCGUAGCCAGGAGAGCCACGGCUCGGGCCAACAGCCUCAUCGGGGGCGUUGGUGUCGCGGGCAGGAGCCACGCGGCCGGUGGAGGAGGUGGAGGCGGAGAUCCGGAGGGCGAUCCAGGCGCAACGGCGGCCCCGUUCAUCAUCGGGGCGCUCGGGCCGGCCACCAUCCGAGGGUUGAGCCCCAUGUGCGCAUGGCCAUGGGCGCGGGGAGCACCGCGGUGGGCGCGUCCUGUGGCGCGGCGACCGUGUCCCGGGGUGUGGUGAGCACCACGAGCGCCUCUCCUAGCGCCACGGUGGUCGCGUUCAGCGGCGCGACGGAUAGCCUGGCGACGAAAUCGCCGGAGUCUACCCAGUCCGUGGAAACGGCGACCGUAGCGACGACCAUCCUCAUGGAUCAGGCGGAGGAAGGAGACGAGGCUUGGCAUCUCACCGGCGGGAGUAUAUAUAUCCCCUGGAGAGACGCGACGAUCCUGAAGAGAUGCAUCGGUUCCAGGCGGACGGGAGAGAGGCGACGGUUGCGACGGACACAGGCGUCCGUGUGGGUGCAACCGCUCGUUCGAUGGACAAAGAGAGAUUUCCCUUAGUUACAGAUUAUACUUUAACAGUUUUGCUAAAGCACAUCUAGAUGUGCCAUAAAUAUUGCACAUCUAAGUCAUAUGUCAUUGAUGUUACAUUGAGAUUCGUGUGAUUUUUUU